AUCGACAUUCCCUUAGCCAAUUCAGGUGCAGAGUUUUUUGCCACUUUACAUCCGCCCCACUAUUAUAAUUUAAGACCUAUAAAAGGGUUCUGCGGCGCAGGUCAGACAUCAAACUCACCCAAGCCUCCCAAGCAAACACAACCAACAUGGCCUUCAAGCUCAUCACCGCCCUUCUGCUGGUCGCCGCUCCCUUGAGCCUGGCGCAGUACGGAGGCUACCGUGCCGCCCCCGCCCAGGCCUAUGAAGAGCAGUACGCCCCUGCCGAGUACGCCUUCGAGUAUGCCGUGCACGAUGACCACACCAAGGACAUCCACUCGCACAAGGAGUCCCGCAAGGGUGACCUGACCCAGGGCGAGUACAGCCUGGUCGAGCCCGACGGCACCAUCCGCACCGUCAAGUACCACGUGGACGGCAAGAGCGGCUUCAUCGCCGAGGUCAUCCGCUCCGGACACGCCGUCCAUGACGUCGCCAAGCCCGUCUACGUCGCCAAGCCUGUCGUGGCCGCCUACAAGCCCAUCGUGGCCACCUACAAGCCCGUUGUUGCCGCCUACAAGCCCGUCGUGGCCGCUCCUGUCUACGCUGCCGCCCCCGCCGCCACCAGCUACGUCCAGAGCCAUGGCUCCAGCAACCAGUACAGCAACCAGUACAACAACCAAUACAACAACCAGUACAACAGCCGCCGCUACUAAAUUUCUCUCCUCGCAGAGGAACUAUUCUUAAGCUUGUGAUACAGCAUUGCAUAUUCUGCACUCAUCUUUGUUGACCAUCUUACAUCAUCACCACUUUUUUAUGUAAAAUUGCUUAUGACAGAUCAAAAUAAACUUUUUCUAUGAAAAAAUAAA